AUGAUCCACGCGAAGCUCGUCACUGCGAAGAAUAAUGUAGAUCUAUCCCAUGCAGCUCACACGAAAGCCGUUAACUCGGGUUUUGCAGACGAAGCGUUCAAAGCCGUGACUAACCUGAUCAUUUCAGACAUGAAUCAAACCAGAAUUGGAGCAAAACAGGUUGAAGAGCGCUUGCAAGAUCUGAUGUCUUCAGGUUCAUACCCCAAUUUUCUUCGAGAUCUUCAUGCGACCGAGAAGAUGGCUGAUCAUGUCGUGGCGAAUGCAAGACUUGCGGUGGAACAAAUGAACGAGGCGAUUGCUGAUGCAGAGGAAUGGAAAGUAAGAGCGAGGAACGUAGCAGGAGGAAGAAAUUAA